UAGUAUUAAAUAACUUGUGAUAAGAUUUUUUCCUCCGUCACUGUUAAGAUCAAAUGAGUAUUAAACAAAAAUAUUUUUAUAUAAAACAAAUUAUGUUAAACAUUUGUAUGAGUUAAUUAAAUUAGGUUAGAGGUAGUGCGUAUUUUAUGAGUUUUCCUUAAAUUAUGGAUCAAGGUAAUAGAAGACAGAGGGCACCCAAUCCAAGAGAGACUGCAAAUUUAUUUUCUUUAGUAACAUUUUCAUACACUCGUAAACUUUUUACUAGCGGACUUAAAAAAGACUUGGAGGAUAAUGAUCUCUUUGAAGUUAUUAACAGAUGUCGUUCGGAAAAUUGUACUGAUAGGUUGGAGCAUGCAUAUGAAGCGGAAUUUACAAAAAAGAAACCCAGUAUCCUUAGGGUUUUAUGGAAUUGUUAUGGACACACAUAUGUGUUCUUAGGACUUAUUCACUUAACAUGGAAUUUAAUUUCAAGCGCUUUGGAGCCAGACGCUAUUUCCCAGUUGGUAGCCUAUUUCAAACCAGGGCAAACUAAAAUGACUAUAAACGACGCUUUUUACUACGCCGGUGUUUUAAUUGGUCUGAAGUUAUUGCAUACAUUAUAUCAUCCAAAUUAUCAAAUAUAUCUGAUCCAAUUGGCUAUUCAGAUUAGGACUUCAUUUUCCUCAUUAAUUUACAGAAAGGCCCUUAAAGUCAGUCCGAAGGCUUUGGAAAAUGCAAGCUUAGGAAACAUCGUAACACUUAUAACCAAAGAUGUAUCCCUGUUUGAGGGUGCAGUUGGUACCUUUAAUGAAAUUUGGGUUGGUACAAUUCAAACGUUUUACGUCUGCUAUUUAAUCUAUAGCAGAAUUGGAUACACUUCAGCAGUUGGUGUAUUAAUUUUGUCGUCUGCCGUACCGAUUCAGUUUUAUGUGGCUACAAUAAUAAAAAAGCUUCGAGCCAAGAUGAAUAAAAGGACUGAUACUCGAUUACAAGAAACACAAGAAGCACUGUCUACUAUUAAAAUAAUUAAAAUGUACACAUGGCAAAAGAUAUUUGCUGACCGUAUUGGGGAAACUAGGAGAAACGAAGUUAAAACAUUACUGAAAAAAGCUCUUACCAGAUUGUGCCUAAUGGUAUGCAGUGACUUUAUGGGAAAAUUGGGAUUUUAUGCUUUAGUAAUGUUAUACAUUUAUUUAAAUACAACACUCAAUCCAGAAACAAUAUUUUAUAUCAUGAGGUCUUAUGCGACAUUACGACACUCUGUAUCUAUAAUGUUUACAUUUGGUUUUACAGUUGUAGCAGAACUAUUUGCUUCUAUUGAAAGAAUCAACAAUAUAUUACAGCUAGAAGAGCUUCCUGAUCAUAUAGACAAACCAGAUGAUCAACCCCAAAUAGAUAUCAGAGAGGCCACGUUUAGUAUGAAAUACAAGGAUAUCCUAAAAAAUAUAAACUUAAAGAUGAAUGCUGGUUUAAAUGUUGUUACCGGUCAGCUUGGUUCUGGUAAGAGUUCUUUAAUAAAAAUGAUAUUAAGAGAUUAUCCAGUUGACUCUGGAGAAAUUAGAACCAGAGGUGUGAUGAGUUAUGCCUCUCAAGAUCCAUGGCUGUUUCCUGGUACAAUUAAACAAAACAUUUUGUUUGGAGAGCAUUAUAAUUAUGAACGAUAUAAAAAAGUUAUUGAAAUAUGCGCUCUAAGCUACGAUUUUAGUAUCCUAGAAAAUGGUGACGAUACAGUAGUAGCUGAUAGAGGAAUGAACCUAAGUAAAGGACAGCAAGCUCGAAUAAACUUAGCUAGAGCUAUCUACAAAGAGAGCGAUAUUUAUCUUAUAGAUGAUUCACUAACGGCUCUGGACCCAAAAGUUCAAAAUCAUAUUUUUAAUGAAUGUAUUCAAAGUUUUCUUAAGAACAAAUUAGUUAUGCUUGUUACACAUAAUCCAAAACACAUUUCAAAAGCAGAUAUAGUUAUUAUUCUUGAAGAUGGAGGGAUUAAAUUUGCUGGAAAAAAACAGGAAGUCUCCGAUAAGCUCCUGGCAGCUAUAGAAGAAGAAAUAACGGAAAAACAAAAUGAGCAGGCAACUGAAGAUCAAUCAAAAGAGGACGAAGCUACUGAAACUUCCAAUUUGCUUCCAGAUUUACCCACAGACAAACAAAUUUACCACGAAAAUAAAAAAUCUGGUACAGUAGCACAUGAAGUUUACUCCAAAUAUGUCCAAUAUGGUGGUGGAUAUUUCUUUCUUAUUUUUUUGGUUCUUGUUUUCGCUGCUGCAACAUUUAGUGAGGGUAGUUCACAGAUUAUGCUGACAAACUGGGUUAAUUAUAAGGCAAAUGUUAUGUCAAAGAAGGAACAAUAUUUGUCAAAUUCAAAUGUAUCACUUAAGCCACUAUUUGAAAGUUAUUUUCAAUCCUAUUUCGAUAAUAAGAAAGGAAUCAAUCAUACGGAUUUGCUGCUUGUGCCGGAAUCUAACUGGACAACAAACAAUACUUUAACUGUAAGCGAAGCCUUAACACCUCUUAAUUACUCAGAUAUGAGUGAAAGUCAAAACAAAACAUUUUAUCUGUUAGCGCAAAUAGGAAGAGAAGAGAUAUUAGCAUCCAAAUCUUUACAUCUCUACACAAUACUAUCGGUAGUCGCCAUAGUAUUGGAGUUCUUUAAACAAUACUUUGUUUUUAAGUUUGGUACAAAAGCAUCUAUAAAUAUUCAUAAAGACAUGGUUACUAAAGUUAUCUUUGGAAAAAUGGCCUUUUUUGACACCUUUUUUAUAGGAAACAUACUAAAUAGAUUCUCUCAGGAUUUAAGUGUUGUUGACGAAAGUUUACCAAUGAAUCUCAAUGUUUUAAUAAUGGCGACGUUUGGAUUUGUUGGUAUUAUUGGGGUAAUUGCCAGUGUUAGCUGGAAAUUCGUAGUUCCUGCAAUCGGUAUUAUUCUUAUUUUGAUAAUACUACGAAGAAUUUAUAUGCCAACAGCUAGAAGUUUAAAACGAUUGGAGGCUGCUACUCGCAGUCCAAUCGUGGGACACUUAAACUCUACAAUGGAAGGUUUGACAACAGUAAGAGCAUAUAAAGCACAACCGAUCCUUAAGCACGAAUUUGACAGACAUCAAGAUGUAUAUACUAGUGCUAAAUAUACUUCUGUUUGUGUGAAGAACGCAUUCUUAUUUUUCAUGGAAACAACUUCCGUACUGUUUAAUGUAUUUAUCAUCUGCCGAUUUCUAUUUUGGGAUACAGAAAGUGCUGCAGGCGAUGUCGGUUUAACGUUAACAGCAGCUUCAACAUUAACCGUGGUUCUCCAAUUCGGUCUUCUGCAAUGGUCGGAAGUAGAAAAUUUAAUGACGUCAGUUGAAAGAGUUAUGGAAUAUACUAAAAUAGAUCCUGAAGUAACUACUGGUCUAGAAACACCAAACUGGCCAACGGCUGGAAAAAUUGUCUAUAAAGAUGUUUCUUUAAAAUACACAAAAACAAACGAAAAGGUUUUGAAAAACAUAAAUUUUACAGUCGAACCACAAGAAAAAAUUGGAAUUGUAGGCAGAACUGGAGCUGGAAAAUCUUCGAUAAUUUCAACCUUGUUUAGGCUGUAUGAUCAUGAAGGUACUAUAACCAUCGAUGACGUUGAUACAAAAACCUUAUCACUUAAUUACCUUAGACAACAUAUUUCAAUUAUUCCUCAAGAUCCCAUUAUGUUUUCUGGUACAAUAAGAACCAAUAUAGAUCCUUUGAAAGAAUUUGCAGAUGAAGAAAUCUGGAAGGUUCUUCAUAAAGUUAAUUUGGACUCUAAAGUUCCAAAUUUGGACACACAAGUUGAGGAUACGAAUUUCAGCUCUGGCGAAAGGCAAUUACUUUCAAUAGCUAGGGCUAUUGUUCGAAGGAACAAAAUUGUAGUUUUAGAUGAAGCUACAGCAAAUAUGGACCACGAAACCGAAAAGAUGGUUCAAAAAGCUAUUGAUGAUAAUUUUGGAUCUUGUACGGUAUUUAUAAUCGCACAUAGGCUAGACUCAAUUUUGAACUGCAACAAAGUAAUGGUUUUAAAUAAAGGAGAGAUCAUUGAAUAUAAUGAUCCUAAAACAUUGCUAAGUAAAAAAAAUAGUUCGUUUUCUAAAAUGCUUAGAUAUGCCAAACUAGCAAUCGAAUCAUAAUCAAACACGUACAUUUAUUUCACAAUAAAACAUUGAACACGUUUGUUUUCUUAUACUUUAUUAAAAAACUAUGUGAUUACAGUUGUUUCGACAAAGUGGCAUUCUCAAGUGAUUUAUUUUACUAUGUGUUUGCAUUUUAAAGUCUUUAACCGAAGGCAUCUAAACAUUCCGUAUAUGUAUUUGGACCAUAGGAGUUUUCUAUUGGUUCGUUGCAGCACGCGGUAAUAUUUUAACCAAUAGGCGGCGAGGUUCCAGAUGCAUAUACGGAAUGUUAGUCGGUCCCAAAUUCAUAUACGGAUUGUUAAAUAUCGUACACCGAAAAAGAUAAGUUUUUUUAGAGUCCUUUAAAAGGAGAUUGAUUUUAAAAUACUUGUUACUGUAUUAUUAAAUAAAAUUAAAACAAUUAUAGUAUUUCGAAUGUUAUUUGGUGCGAAAUUCAUAUGCGGAAUGUUAAUUAUUCGUAGACCAAAAAUGGGACUUUUUAUUACUCAGUUAAAGGAGACUGAUUUUAGAAUACCUAUUUUAUUGAUGUAUUAUUAAAGAAAAAUAAAACAAUGAUUAGGUACCUAUUUGGUGCGAAAUUCAUAAAUGGGAUGGUAUAGAUUUGAGAGACAUAUUUCUUUAUUUGACUAAGAUUUCGCUUUCUCAGAAUUUUUAAUGACUUGCACGUGUUGUUAAGUAGUUUAGAUCUGUUUCAGCUAUUCAUUUCAAUUCUGUUGAAGUUUAGGGCUGUGUGCUAUCAGACGAAAAUAAAUCUUAACUUGGUUAUAACGUUUGCGGUUGUGUUUUAAAUAUUAUUUAUUCUGGUUUAUAUAUUUAUUUUGGUCUACGAAUAAUUAACAUUCCGCAUAUGAAUUUCGCACCAAAUAACAUUCGAAAUACUAUAAUUGUUUUAUUUUUAUUUAAUAAUACAGUAACAAGUAUUUUAAAUUCAAUAUCCUUUUAAAAGACUCUAAAAAAAACUUAUCUUUUUAGGUGUACGAUAUUUAACAUUCCGUAUAUGAAUUUGGGACCGACUAACAUUCCGUAUAUGCAUCUGGAACCUCGCCGCCUAUUGGUUAAAAUAUUACCGCGUGCUGCAACGAACCAAUAGAAAACUCCUAUGGUCCAAAUACAUAUACGGAAUGUUUAGAUGCUAACCGAAGAGGUUUAGGAGUAGGGAGCUGUUUGUCUCAAGUUGGUCAUUCAGAAUUUUAUCUGUGUUUAUCAAUUUAUUAAUUUCCAUAUAUUCUAAUAAAGAUAGCUUAGGGACUUUAUUUUAAAUAUGAAGAAUUUGAAACUGUUCAUUAAGAGCAUGAUAUUGAUCUAAAAGGUGAAGUGCGUAUAUAGAAGUGUUGAAAGCCCUUUUGUGUUCUGCUAUCCGUUUGUCAAAUGUUCUGCCAGUUUGACUGAUGUAAGUUUUCGGACAGUCACCACAAGUCAGUUUGUAAACACCACUUUUUAGUUGCUUUAUCUUUCUGCUCUUAUUGUUCUUAAUGCAUUUGCGUAAGUUGUUGUUAGUUCUGAAAGCUGGUGUUAUUCCUUUCUUUUUUGUGUGUCUGGCUAUUUUUGUUGAUAUCUUGCCUGUAUAUGUAAUAGAGCAGAAGAUACUGGGUUUUUUAUUUGGUGGUGGACAGACUAAUUUUAGGGCUUUCUUAUGAAGUUUUUGGUUUAGAAUUUUGUUAAUUGUUUGUUCGUUGUAGCCAUUGUUUACUGCUGUUUGUUUAAUGAUGUUCGGUUCUAUCUCGAGAAGAUAUUUUUUGACAUGGGAAUUUCUGUCAGUCUAUGUAUCAUGUUAUGGUAAGCUGCUAAUUUAUGUUGUGUGAGAUGGGAAGAUGAAUAGUGUAUAGUUGUGUCAAUAUGGUUAGGUUUAUGAAACACGGAGAACUCAUGUUUGUUGUGCAGUCUGGUAAUUGUUACAUCUAGAAAGUUUAUGGACUUCUGUUCUGUUUCUAUUGUAAACUCAAUAUUACUAUGGCGUAAAUUAAUGUAUGAUAAAAAUUUUCUCAAGUUGCCUGUUAGUUUCUGUAAACCAUACUAGUAUAUCAUCUACGUAUCUUCACCAAUAUAAGAACUGUUUGAAUACGGGAUGUUUUGAAAUUGUUGUUUCAAUCUGGUUCAUAAAAAUAUAUGAUAUAAAUAGGCUUAGAGGAUUGGAGAUACGUGGAUGAUAUACUAGUAAGCUUUACAGGAACUAACAAGCAAUUGGACCAAUUUUUCUUAUACAUUAAUUCGCUUCGUAGUAAUAUUGAGUUUACAAUAGAAACAAAACAGAAUAAGUCCAUAAAAUUUCUUGAUGUAACAAUUACCAGACUGUACAACAAACAUAAGUUCUCCGCAUUUCAUAAACCUACCCAUAUAGACACAACUAUACACAAUUCAUCUUCCCAUCCUACACCGAGGUUAAAAGAUUGGACGUAAGUUGUCUCGUAACUAUAGACCAAUCAAAUGCUCGCUUUUUAAAGGCGGAAAUACGUCACCCAUACGACACUUUUGAAAUUAUCAUAAGUUUCAAUACUAAUAAAAGGUUCAAAAACUUAGGUUAUGCAAUAUAUUUUGGGAUUUUCUUGGGUACAGAUAUAUUAAGUGGUUCUUAUAUUGAUAAUUAUAUCAAUUUUUCCCUUAAAAACCAAUAGUCUUCUGACAAAAAAAUAGAAUUGAUUUGAAGAAGAUUUAACAUUUAUUGUGUGCUUUAAAUGGAGAUAACAGUUUAAUUCGCCCAAAAACCCAAAACAAAAAGUAGAAAAAGGUUAGCAAAAUUACAUACUUAUUUAUUGUGGAUGUUCUGGAAUGUGCAGCAUUUUUAUCAUGUAGUCAUAAGAAAAAAAAUUAAUAAUAUAAAUAAAUUAGUUUUAGAUUAAAAUACAAAAAAUUAUUUGUCCUUCAAGCACUAAUCCAUUAAAAAUGUACCAUGUAUACGUAUUAAAUAAAAAUUAAACAAAUAAACAAUAUUAAAGAAAAUUAUAUAGAAAUAUUCGGAAACGCAACCACAACAUAAAAAUGAGGGUUAGGUUUGAACCACUAACAAAAACUGUCACGUGUCAACCUUGACUUUGUCGUACGAGUGACGUAGUCCUUCCCCUCCCCCUCGCUUCCGCCCACAUAGUUACGAGACAACCUACCUCAUAUCUAUGAACCUUGAUCCUACACAAUAUAAAUUAGCAGCCUACCCUACCAUGAUACAUAGACUGACAGAAAUUCCCAUGUCAAAAAAUAAUUUCGGGAUAGAACUGAAAAUAAUUAAACAAAUAGCAGUAAACAAUGGCUACAACGAACAAACAAUUAACAAAAUUCUAAACCAAAAAUUUCAUAAGAAAACUCUAAAACUAUAAAUAGUCUAUCCACGACCAGAUAAAGAACCAGUACCGGCGCUAGGGUACCAGGCGCCAGCCUGCAAAAGAAGCAUAGGCACCCUUCGGGUUCAUUUCAAUUAGUAUUUUGUAUAGCACCGGCAGAAAAAAGAUCAUUUUGGCGCCCCCCAAACAGGGGCGCCCGCCUGCAGUGCAUCCCUUGCAGGCCCGUUAUCACCGGCCCUGUAAAGAACCCAUUACCUUCUGCUCUAUUACAUAUACAGGCAAGAUAUCAACAAAAAUAGUCAGACACAUAAAAAAGAAAGGAAUAACACCAGCUUUCAGAACUAACAACAACUUAAGCAAAUACAUUAAGAACAACAAGAGCAGAAAGAGAAAGCAACUACAGAGUGGUGUUUAGAAACUGACUUGUGGUGACUGUCCGAAAACUUACAUCGCUCAAACUGGCAGAACCUCUGACAAACGGAUAGCAGAAUACAAAAGGGCUUUCAACAAUAAAAAAACAGACACCUCUAGAUACGCACUUCGUCUUCUAGAUAAUCAUGCUUUUAAUGAACAGUUUCAAAUUCUGCUUAUUCAAAAUAAAGGCCUUAAGCUAUCUUUAUUAGAAUCUAUGGAAAUUAAUAAAUUGAAAAACAGAUAUAAUUCUAAAUGACCAACUUGAAACAGCUCCCCACUCGUAAACCUCUUCAGUUAAAGACUUUAAAAUGCAAACACAUAGUAAAAUAAAUUACUUGAGAAAGGCACUCUGCCGAAACACUAUCACAUAUUUUUUUAAUAAAUUUUGUGGAAGUAUAGAAAACAAACGUUUUCAGUGUUUUAUUGUUAGAUAAAAUGAACUUCCAUCAAGUAACGGUCAAAUCCAUGAACGUGCAUUUAUUUUUGAUUUAUUGUGUAAUCAUCUCAAAAAUUUGAGGAUAACCUAGUUAGGUUAUUGGUUCUUAGUAAAUUUUAGUUUCUUGUAUAUUCUUUUAUUUAAUUUAUUUAUUAAAUAUUAACGACGUUUAAAUAAAAAUUAAUAAAAAUGUGGAUUCGAAAUAAAAACCUAAAAAA